GGGAGUUCUAGACCGUUCCAGGCCCGUGACGUAGGGCGGCGUCAUUCCAGAAGAUUCGGCCGCUGCCCGUAUAAAACCCGAGGAAGAGGCGGGGCGAGGCCGAGCGGACACCGGAGGCGACACGGGCGGCUGCGGCGGGCACCAUGGUGAAGGAGACGGAGUACUACGAUAUCCUGCAGGUGAAGCCUAAUGCUUCUUCCGAGGAGAUCAAGCGCGCCUAUCGCAAGCUAGCACUGAAGUACCACCCCGACAAGAACCCCAGCGAGGGCGAACGGUUUAAACUCAUAUCCCAGGCAUAUGAAGUUCUGUCGGACCCAAAGAAAAGGGACCUCUAUGACCAGGGUGGGGAGCAGGCUAUUAAAGAAGGAGGCCUGAGUGGCGGCAGCUUCUCUUCACCCAUGGACAUCUUUGACAUGUUCUUUGGUGGUGGAGGCCGAAUGAAUAGAGAGAGAAGAGGCAAGAAUGUUGUACACCAGUUAGGUGUAUCUCUUGAAGACUUGUACAAUGGUAUUACAAGGAAGCUGGCACUGCAGAAGAACGUUAUUUGUGCCAAGUGUGAAGGUUAUGGCGGAAAGAGAGGGGCAGUGGAGAAGUGCCCUGUGUGUAAAGGAAGAGGAAUGCAAGUUAUAGUUCAGCAGAUAGGACCUGGAAUGGUACAACAAAUUCAAACUGUGUGUCCAGAAUGCAAAGGCCAAGGUGAAAGGAUAAAUCCAAAGGACAGGUGUGACAACUGCAAUGGGUGUAAGGUUGUAAGAGAGAAAAAGAUCAUAGAAGUUCAUGUUGAUAAAGGUAUGAAAGAUGGUCAGAAGAUAGUAUUCCAUGGAGAAGGUGACCAAGAGCCUGAUCUGGAGCCUGGUGAUGUUAUAAUCGUGCUUGAUCAAAAGGAUCAUAGUGUCUUUCAGAGGCGAGGGCAUGACUUGAUCACAAAAAUGAGAAUUCAACUCUCGGAAGCUUUGUGUGGUUUCAGAAAGACCAUAGAAACUCUGGAUAACAGAGUUCUUGUUAUAUCAUCUAGGCCAGGUGAAGUGAUAAAACAUGGUGACCUAAAGUGUAUCUACAAUGAAGGGAUGCCUGUCUACAAAUCUCCAAUGGACAAAGGCAGCUUAAUUAUACAAUUUCUGGUCCAGUUCCCAGAGCACUACUGGCUUCCAAGGGAGAAACUGAGUCUGCUGGAGGCCCUGCUUCCUCCCCGAGAAGAUGUUAUGAUUACAGAUGAGAUGGAUCAGGUAGACCUUGAAGAUUUUGAUCCAAGUCAGCAAACCUACCGUAACAGUGGGGGAGAGGCGUAUGAAGAAGAUGAGGAGGGUCCAAGAACAGGAGUACAAUGUCAGACAUCUUAAAGCAAGGUGAAAUGGAUGUCAUCUAAAAUGUAAAUUUUCACAAUGAAAACUGCAUGGCUGUAAUAGCCACUGCUUGUGGUUUUUGUGUUCAGCAAAUUGAGUUGCUGCGCUGUCAGUAUCACCUUUUUGUAACUAAUUUAUAUUGUGUUCUUGUAGUCUUUAUAUAAUGCAAAUGUCACACAGCUGAGAACCAACUGAGUUGGUAUACAUUUUCCUUUGCUGUGAAGGUUCUCACUUUAUUUCACCUAUGCUAUUUAUAUAAGACUUGGGCAAUAUUGAUAGGCUAAGUGGAGUGUCUUAUGUAAAUACUUUCAUACUGGAAAAUUAAUUUCAUAGGAUAAAACAUAGCAGAAAUAACUUCUAAUAAAUAGAACUCUUCACAUUUUA